UUCUUCUUGUCGAAACAGCGUCCAAUCGUCCCAAAAUUUGGUAACUGGGAAAAUGAAGGGAGUAUUCCUUACACUGUCGUCUUCACUAAUGCAAGGAAAAAUAGAGGUGGGAAGAUGAUAAAUCCAAAUGACCCGCAAGAGAAUCCAGAUAUGUUCCCCAACAUGGAUCCUUCUCCUCAAGCUCCUGCUCCAUCGAAGCCCAUAAGAACUAGACCAGAGGAACCAAUUGCAAGAGGAGCAGUGAAGCCAACACCUGACAAUAGACUGAGCAGAGAAGAUUUUGAUUUUCGACAGUCAAGCAAUUCUCCAGCUCGAAGUGAAAAUAUGGCUCUGAAAUCUUCUAAUGAAUCAACUCCUCGCAAUUAUGGAGGCCGUGGAGCAAGGUCCAAUGGACCUGCAAGGCAAAUUGAACCUUCACCACUUAAUCCACAUUCUCAGGACAAGGUUGCUGGGAGAGGUAAUGGGUCUCCUUCUUUGGAAGGAAAGAACUCAUAUGACAGUAGUCACGGAAACCCUGGAAGAUCCCGACUAAGGCCAGUUACUAGGGGAGAUGAAACUCCUAAAAGAAGUGCUGCAGUUCCAAAAUUCGGCAUAUGGAAAGACAAUGAUCCUCAAUCUGCCGAAAAUUUUACUCAACUUUUCGAAGAUGCUAAGAAGGGAAGAAAAAGGGGGCCUGGAAAUAUCUCUGGAACGCCGAAGCAUACAUCUUACAACACAGAGUUCAAUAACAAUCACAAGAAAUGCUGCUUUCCUUGGUUCUAAUUAGCUUUGGGAGGCUCUCGUGAGUACCAAUUCUAGCUGGCCAAAUAUAAACAAGAGUGAAAUUAUUAUUAUUAUUAUUAUUAUUAUUUUUUCCCCUAUGUGUGUACGGUAGUUUUUAUAGUUUUGACUGUUUUGUUAAAUAAUGAUUUUACUUAAUCUUUCGAGGGUUUCUUUUGCUGUUUUCA